UUUAGCAACGGUCAGUUGCUAGAGGAAAAAAAAAAACAGCCGCUUCCGUGUUGUUCUUGUGUUAUUCUGGAGAAUAACUGUCGGUACCGGAGCCCGAGCUCACCGGACAGCUUCACCGGAGCGUGACUGUCACGGUUCUGUGAAGCUGACACGCACGUUCAGCCCGUUUCCCGCCCGACAUGUCGCUGCUGCAGAGCUCCAAGAAGAAAGACAAGCGGAUCCUGUCCGGUACCUGCCCGGACCCGAAAUGUCAGGCGAGGCUGUUCUUCCCGGCUCACGGCUCCGUUAGCAUCGAGUGCACCGAGUGCGGCCAGCGCCACGAGCAGAAGAACCUGACCAACGUCGAAGAAGUGACCGAUCCAGAUGUGGUGCUCCACAAUCUGCUCAGGAACGCCCUGCUCGGCGUCACCGGGGCCCCGAAGAAAGGCACCGAGCUGGUGAAGGUGAUGGGGCUCUCCAAUUACCACUGCAAGCUCCUGUCCCCGGUCCUCACCCGGUACGGCAUGGAUAAACAAACCGGGAAAGCCAAGCUGCUGAGGGAGAUGAACCAAGGCGAGAUGUUCGACUGCUCCCUCCUUGGAGACCGAGUGUUCCUCAUCGAGCCGGACCACGUCUCCACCAUGGGCUACGGCAAGGACCGGUCAGGGAGCCUCAUAUACCUGCACGACACUCUGGAGGAGGUCAAGAAGGCCAACGGCAACCGGGAGUGUCUCAUCCCGGUCCACGUGGACGGAGACGGGCACUGCCUGGUCCACGCCGUGUCCAGAGCGCUGGUGGGCCGAGAACUGUUCUGGCACGCCCUGAGAGAGAACCUGAAGCAGAACUUCAAGCAGAACCUGGACCGCUACAAGGCGCUCUUUCAGGAUUUCAUCGACGCCGCAGAGUGGGAGGACAUCAUCAACGAGUGCGACCCGCUGUUCAUCCCGCCUGAAGGCGUGCCGCUCGGACUGCGCAACAUCCACAUUUUUGGCUUAGCCAACGUCCUCCACCGGCCCAUCAUCCUGCUGGACUCCCUGAGCGGGAUGAGGAGCUCUGGGGAUUACUCGGCCACCUUCCUGCCCGGGCUGGUGGCCGAGGAGCAGUGCAAGGGGAAAGACGGGAAGCUCAACAAGCCCAUCUGCAUCGCCUGGAGCAGCUCAGGGAGGAACCACUACAUCCCUCUGGUGGGAAUCAAGAACACUGUGCUGCCCAAGCUGCCGGCUCGCCUGCUGCCGAAGGCGUGGGGCGUCCCUCAGGAGCUCAUCAGGACGUACAUCAAGCUGGAGCCGGACGGGAGCUGCGUGAUCGGCGGCGACCGCAGCUUGCAGGAUAAAUAUCUGAUGCGGCUGGUCAACGCCAUGGAGGAGGUGUUCAUGGAGAAGCACAGCAUCCACCCAUCGCUGGUGGCCGACGUGCAUCAGUACGUCUACAGACGGACCGGCGUGAUCGGCAUCCAGCCUGAGGAGGUGACGGAGGCGGCUAAGAAGUCAGUGAUGGAGAACCGGCUGCACCGCUGCCUCAUCUGCGGCGCCCUCUCUGAGCUCCAUGUCCCGCCGGAGUGGCUGGUUCCCGGUGGGAAGCUCCACAACCUGGCCAAGUCCACUCAUGGCCAGCUGCGGCCGGACAAGAACUACAGCUUCCCCCUCAACAACGUGGUCUGCUCCUACGACCCCCAGCGAGACGUCCUCGUCCCAGAUUAUAAACUGAGCACCCUCAGCACCUGCAACUGGUGUCACGGCACGUCGGUCCGCCACAUCCAUGGCAACGGGUCGGUGGUUUACCUGGACGGGGACAGAACCAACACACGCUCCCAGGGCGGGAAGUGUGGGUGCGGCUUCAAGCAUUUCUGGGAGGGAAAGGAGUAUGACAACCUCCCCGAGGCCUUCCCCAUCACGCUGGAGUGGGGGGGUCGCGUGGUGAGAGAGACUGUGUACUGGUUCCAGUACGAGACGGACUCGGCUUUAAACAGCAACGUGUACGACGUGGCCAUGAAGCUGGUCACCAAACACUUCCCGGGCGAGUUUGGCAGCGAGAUCCUGGUGCAGAAAGUCGUCAACACCAUCCUGCAUCACACCGCCAAGAAGAAUCCAGACGAAUACAACCCAGUGUCCAUCGAUGGGGCUCAUGCCCAGCGUCUCACCGACACCACGGACAUUCAGCAGGCGGCGGACCCCCAGCCGCCCACAAAGAUCAUCCUGACUGGUCAGAAAGCAAAGACGCUCCACAAAGAGGAGCUGACGAUGAGUCGAGCGGAGCGCAGCAUCCAGCAGAGCAUCAGCGAGCAGGCCUUCGUCACUCAGAAGCGACGGACUGAUAAGUUGAAGCAGGAGCAGAAGGGCCACGGCCGGACGUCUUCCCCCGGUGGAUCGCCGGAAACCUCCUCCUCUUCGGCUCCGGCCACGCCCACCAAAUCCUCCUCCCCCUCAGCGUCCAGUAAGGACAAGAAGAUCCGAGUGACCACCAGUGACGGCAGGCAGGCCAUGCUGACCCUGCAGGCCCACACCACCUUCUCAGAGCUGCAGAGGAGCAUCGGCAACCAGUUCGGCGUGCCGCCGGCGCAGCAGUGCAUCCGCUACAGCUUCCCGCCCAAAGAACUGACCCCCCCGAAGGACGGCGAGGAGAACGAGCCGGUGGCGCUGCAGCAUGGCGACAGGGUGACGGUGGAGAUACUGAGGGGCCCCGAGGACAAGAGCCCUGCGGCCUCCAUACCCCGAGCCUCCAGCUCGCACUCCGCCCUGCACUCGGCGAAGAGCGAGGACGCCGUGACAUCCGGCAGGAUGAGCAGCCGGGAACUCCAGGACAGCAUCGACCUUGAGAUGUCCUCCCUCUGUCUCCUAGCAACCUUGAUGGGUGAGGACGUUUGGUCGUACGCAAAGAAGCUGCCGCACUUAUUCCAGCAGGGCGGCGUCUUCUACAACAUAGUCAAGAAAGACAUGGGCCUGAUGGACGGGAAACACUGCACGCUGCCUCACCUGACGGGGAAGACGUUUGUCUAUAACGCGGCAGAGGAGCGCCUGGAGCUCUGCGUCGACGCCGCCGGUCACUUCCCCGUCGGCCCCGAUGUGGAGGAGCUGGUGAAGGAGGCUCUGGUCCAGCUGCGCUCUGAGGCGGCCACCAGGGGCAGCAGAGAGGGGAGUCCAUCCCACGGCGUCCUGCGGCUGGGCAGCGGCGGCGUCGUCCGUAAGAAGGAGCAGCUGCAGAGCGUCACCGCCUUCCAGGGUAAAGGCCACUCUCUGGGCAGCGCCGGGGGCUCCUCCCCUCCAGAACACCGGCCUAUCACGCGUCAGCAUAGCAGUGGCGUGGACCUGAGCGCCAGCGUUUCACGAGGCCCCCCCGACUUGUCGGACAUCCCAGAGGACGCCACCAGGGAGCUGGUCCGCAUGGCUCCAGGCUUCGUCACCAUGAAGGACGGCCGUGGUCUGGACCCCAGCCUGAUGGAGCAGCAGCGGAGGAAGCUGCAGGAGAUGGUCUCCUCCAUCCAGGCCUCCAUGGAGCGCCACCUCAGAGAGCAGCAGAGCGGCGGCAGCAGCGCCGCAGAGGGCGGGGAGGCCGGCCAGGAGCGGACAGGCGGGACUAAGACAGGCACGGACCAACCGACGCCUGCUGCCGACCACGAGCCUCCAGCUGAGGCAGGCGUGACGCCGGCUGGCAAACCGGACGUGAAGACGGAGGAACUGGAGGAGAUGGAGAGUCAGGAUGCCGAGCAGAGCAACGCCACCGAACCUAUGGAUCACUCCUGAUCACGCCGGGGCCCAGCAGCGCCCGCCCCCACCCGCCUCGCCGGCACCUUUGGGUCAUAACGCCUCAGGUCGGAUCCUAAAGCUUUGGUCUUCAUCGUGUUUCGUUGUCUUUACUGCAUGACUAAAGAGCGGGCCGACCGUCCUCGCCGCGCUGCAGACGCAGGGCGGGACGAUAAUCCAUGAAGCGAUAUAUUGUGACACACUCUGCGAUGCAUCAUCGAUACUCUGAGGCUGUUGCUGUGUGUGUGUGUGUGUGUGUGUGUGUGUGUGUGUGUGUGUGUGUGUGUAAACUCUAUGCACUUUGGUACACACGCUCUUAUCUAGUAAAUAAUACACAACAUAUGAUUGGUUCCUGCUUUUGAGGGAAAUUAUUUCUCCUUUUUCUUGAUGAUGUAUCACGUAUGACCAUCUCGCAAUAUAUCGCGGAGUCGCUCGCCUGCGCGGCGACAGGAUUGUUUCUCCGAGCCCGUGACUCCCACCUGCAGACGUCUAAUCCUCCCGCUACGAACGCAUCGACACCCCGAGGACGGACAAACCGCUCGGACUCAUGCGUGAGACGCAUUCCUGUAGAUAGAUAGAAGAAUCCUCUGAGUCUUAAUCUGCCACUGGGAGGAGAGCUCCUGGUCGCCGGCGGCGCCGACGUCCCGCAAACAUGCUUCCAUCGACGUGCACGCUCUGAAACGUGCACCAGCCGCAUCCACGCCGAAAUCUGCUCAUCCACCGUCUGUCCGAGGACACGACAGCUCUGAUCUGUGUUUGCCUGACUUGUCCUGAACCCCCCCCCCC